CUUGAACCUCUUCUUUUUGUCUAAUCAAUGGUGCGAUCUAUAGAGUAUAAGAAUGCAUGACAUAUAUUGAAAUGAUCAUCAAACAUAAAUAUGUGUGAUAUUUGAUUAAUUAAAUUAUUAUUUAUUAUGUGCAAUAUGUAAACAUGUAAUGAAAAGAAGAAUAUUAAGAUUAAUGCAAUAUUAAGAUUAAUACUAUAGUAUUUAGUUAUAUCUGUGUUUAGUCACAGGUGGUCGAAGAUGAUAUAUAUGUAUAUUAUAUACAUAAUGUUUCGAUAUUUUAAAACAAUAAGAUAUUAAUACCAUCAAUUAUUUGAUAGACGUGGUUCACUAAACAUGGUUUUCGAAGGUUUUUCGAAAGUUUUUAUAUGUAUUAUACAACAAAAUAUAAAUAAAUGUCCUACAUUCUAAAUGAAUUAUCAAGAGAAAAAUUUGUGACAACUUUGUAUAUAACAUAUUCUUCAAUAUGUCAUAUUCUAUCAAUAGAAGACCUUUAUUAGGAAGUGCAUCAGAUAGUGAAUUUGAAGAUGACUUAGAAACUGAAGCUGAUGAUCCAAAUAUUUCUAUUCCAGAUGAAAAACCAUUUUUUAAACAAUAUGAACCAUGUGACAAAUAUAAUCUUGCAUAUAUUGUUUUUUAUGUACUUGGUAUAAAUACAUUAAUUCCUUGGAGUUUUUUCAUCACAGCUGAUGAUUAUUGGAUGUAUAAAUUUCGAGAAAUACAUGAAAAUUCUUCUAAAAAUAUUAAUUAUACUCAUGUACAAAACUUGGAAAAAAGAACUGAUCUUCAAGCUAGUUUUACAUCGUAUUUAAGUGUAGCAAGUGCAAUACCAAAUACAUUUUUUUUAAUUGUAAAUGCAUUUAUUAAUAAAAGAAUUUCUUUAAGAAUAAGAAUGGUGGGCUCUCAAUGCACAAUAUUAUUAUUUUUUAUUUUAACAACAAUAUUUGUUAAAAUAAAUACAGAUAAAUGGCAGGGAACUUUUUUAAUAGUUACUUUGACUACAGUAGCAUGUGUAAAUGCUGCAAGUGCAAUUUUUGGAGGAAGUUUAAUGGGUAUUGUUGGACGUUUUUCUUCAAAAUAUAUAACAGCUAUGUCAAGUGGACAAGCUCUUGGUGGAAUUGUUACUGCUAUGGCAGAAAUAUGUUCUCUUUGGAUUGGUGCUAGUCCUGUUCUUUCAGGUCUAGUUUAUUUUAUUAUUGGAGAUGUUAUAUUAUUUUUAUCUUUGAUUGCAUACAUAGUUCUAGAAAAAGCAACAUUUUUUAAACAUCAUAUGGUAGAAAAAUUACCCGAAAAUGUAGAAGCAGAUUUUUCAAUAACUGGAGAAGUAACUUUUCCACAUGGCACUACAGUAUCUUAUAUGCGUAUUAUAAAAAGAAUUUGGCAUUAUGGUAUUAGUGUACUUUUAGUAUUUUUUAUAUCUCUUUCUGUAUACCCAGCACUUACUGUAUUAAUAGAAAGUCAAUAUAAAGGAAAAGGUUAUAUGUGGAAUGAUAUCUAUUUUGUGCCUGUAGUGACCUAUCUCAUUUUUAGUUGUGGUGAUUAUACUGGAAGAAUAUUAUCAGGCAUUUUUCAAUGGCCAAAAAACAAACCAUGGCAAGUUGUACUUUUAAGUUUGAUGAGAGUUGCCUUCAUACCAGCUUUUAUGUUUUGUAAUGCACAGCCUCGACAUCAUCUCUCUGUUUAUAUUCAUAAUGACAUUUUUUAUAUUUUAAUAACUGUUGCAUUUGCCAUCAGCAAUGGCUAUUUAUGUAAUUUAACACUUAUUUUAACUCCUACAGUUGUAGAUUCUCAAGAGAAAGAAAUUGCAUCUGCUAUGAUGGGAGCUUUUCUUGGUGUAGGAUUGAUAUCAGGUUCUGCACUCAGUCUAUUCAUAGUUAAAGCAAUUUAAUUAUAAUUUAAAAAAUUUUUCACUGCCCUUUAUAUAUUUAAAAUGAAAUAGAACCACAGAACAUAAUAUCACAUCAUAUUAAGUAAAUUUAUUUUAUACUUAUUUUAUAUUUCAUGACAAAAUUUAUGAAUGUAACAUUUAAUACAUUGCAGUAAAUGUUUAA